UCUUUUCAUGGCGCUGCUCACAACAGACUCUGCCAGCUCGAUUUCCUUAUCAGUUUACAGAAGGGAGCUGGGAUCGAGGAUGGCGAGGGAAAUGAACGUGUAUUCUCUGAGAGCAACUCCCUUGCAUCAACAACUCGACAUUCAUCACCAUACCAUCGACAUCUCCGAAUCCAUAUUCAUUUUACAAAGUGGGAUGAAACGAAGUAUGAACGUCUAGGUGAAUUUCUGCUCAACAACCAUGCGACGGCAUGGAGAAUAAUCAAGGAAAGUCUGGAAACACUUGAGGCAACGGCACGAAUGGAACCUGACUUCGAACCCAACACACAAUGCCCACAAUGGCUGGAUGAAGAGCACAAGUACAUUUCUUCACUUCAAUUUGAGCCUGAAGACGAAAAGAUGAAGGUUAUGUAUUUAGAAGCCACAGAACACCUCGAACGCGCUGAUGAGCAUGAUUAUUAA